GGCUGGGAAGCGUGGGCUGGCUCCAGCCUCCCGGGCCCCGCGCCCACGCCUGGUCCCCGCGGCGCCCGCCGGAACCGCGUGCCUACUGCGCCCGAGCGCCUCCGCCACCCCGCGUCCCCGCGUCCCCGCAGGUCGGGCCGACCCCCGCCCAGACGCCUCCCCGCCGCCCUCCGGAAGGAGAAUAAUAUGGAUUCAGAGCUCAAGGAUUAUUAUAACAAGACACUCGCUGCAGAGAACAAUACUGCUGCCACUCGGAAUUCUGAUUUCCCAGUCUGGGAUGACUAUAAAAGCAGUGUCGAUGACUUGCAGUAUUUUCUGAUUGGACUCUAUACAUUUGUAAGUCUUCUUGGUUUUAUGGGGAAUCUACUUAUUUUAAUGGCUCUCAUGAGGAAGCGAAAUCAGAAGACAACGGUCAACUUCCUCAUUGGGAAUCUGGCCUUCUCCGAUAUCUUGGUUGUGCUGUUUUGCUCACCUUUCACACUGACCUCUGUCUUGCUGGAUCAGUGGAAGUUUGGCAGAGUCAUGUGUCACAUUAUGCCUUUCCUUCAAUGUGUGACAGUUCUAGUUUCCACUUUAAUUUUAAUAUCAAUCGCCAUCGUCAGGUAUCAUAUGAUAAAACAUCCUGUGUCUAAUCAUUUAACAGCAAACCAUGGCUAUUUCCUGAUCGCCACUGUCUGGACACUAGGCUUUGCAAUGUGUUCUCCCCUCCCAGUGUUUCACAGCCUUGUGGAACUUCAGGAGACGUUUGGUUCAGCGUUGCUCAGCAGCAGGUAUUUAUGUGUCGAGUCAUGGCCAUCCGAUGCAUACCGAAUUGCUUUCACUAUCUCUUUAUUGCUCGUUCAGUAUAUUCUGCCCUUAGUUUGUCUAACUGUAAGUCAUACCAGUGUCUGCAGGAGCAUAAGCUGUGGAUUGUCCAACCAAGAAAACCAACUAGAAGAAAAUGAGAUGAUCAACUUAACUCUCCAUCCUUCCAAAAAGAGUGGGCCUCAGGUGAGGAUCUCCAGCAGCCGGAAAUGGAGCUAUUCAUUCAUCAGAAAGCACAGAAGGAGGUACAGCAAGAAGACGGCAUGCGUGCUGCCUGCACCAGUGAGACCUCCUCCAGAGAACCGCUCAAGAAGGCUUCCAGAACACUUGGGCUCUGGGAAAAGUCAGCCCCCUUCAUCCCGUAAGUUUAUACCAGGGGUCCCCACUUGCUUUGAGGUGAAACCGGAAGAAAACUCAGAUGUUCAUGAGAUGAGAGUAAACUGUUCUAUCAUGAGAUUAAAAAAAAGAUCUCGAAGUGUGUUCUACAGACUGACCAUCCUGAUACUCGUGUUUGCAGUUAGCUGGAUGCCUCUGCACCUUUUCCACGUGGUGACCGACUUUAACGACAGCCUGAUUUCAAACAGGCACUUCAAGUUGGUGUAUUGCAUCUGUCACUUGCUAGGCAUGACGUCCUGUUGUCUUAAUCCAAUCCUUUAUGGAUUUCUUAAUAAUGGGAUCAAAGCCGACUUAAGGUCCCUUAUACGCUGUCUUCAUAUGUCAUAAUUCUCAGUGUUUCCCAAGGAAAGUACAAGUGUGGGAAUCAUCUAAAAUAUAUUCACAGUAACUAUGUAUGUAUAAUCAACGAAUUUUGUUAACUUACAGAAUUUAAUUUAUGUGUAAGAGCUCUGGAUUUGGAUAUCAGUUCCUAAUAUAUGGAAGAUAAUUUUAACAUGUUAUAAUACGAUAAAUUCAUUUAGU